AUGGGCUCGGUGUUCCGAAGUGAGGAGAUGUGCUUGGCGCAGUUGUUUCUGCAGUCCGGUUCUGCAUACGAUUGCAUAAGUGAGCUGGGAGAAAUGGGUCUGGUCGAGUUUCGAGAUGUAAGUAUACCACCUGUCUGUCGAGCCUAUGUGCAUACUUGCAAUGCAAUAAUAUCAGCACAAGUGUAUAUCAGUUAGGCCUACUCAGUGCCUGUCAGUUGUCAAUUAUGUCUGGACCAAAAUGUUUUUUGUGUCUGUCUGUCUGUCUGUCUGUCUGUCUGGGUCUAUGUGUGUGUUACAGGACUGCCAGUGCACCCAGCAUUAAUCCUAAAUGUGUCUCUCUAUCAGUCCAGCUAAUGUGAUACUCAUGGACCAAUUAUUUGUAAAAAUAAAAUAAAAUAAAUAAUUACGAGUAGCACAAGCUGAUGAAGCGAACCAUUAAAAGCCUAAUUUGAUCACAUAUCGGUGUCCCCCUAUUCUGUUGAUGGCAGGUCGUAUUGAUGGAGGUCUCAAUGCAGCUGUAUGGUCUGAUUAGAUUUAGGGGCUCCAAAAACAUCUUACCCAGGUACCUUGGUCACAGGGUUUGUUUAGUCUAAUUGUACUGACCUGGCCUAGAUUUUAAAAGCAAAUGGAUUUCGACAUUUCAAAAUGAAAUGUUGAUAUUUGAGUGAUACAUUCUGCAGAAUAGAAAAUAAUGGACUGGAAAGGCAUCUAUUUGAUGAACUCCAUGAUGUAAGAAUUGGGCCACCUGGCACAGUCACCUAAGCACUGUGCUCCUCUGAUUUCAGCUUAACCCCAGUGUCAACUCGUUCCAGCGCCGCUUUGUCAGCGAAAUCAAGAGAUGCGAGGAGAUGGAGAGAAUUCAGGGUGAGGUCACUGAGAUGGACACUAAACCAGGACUACUACUACCAUACCUUUGAUUUACUGGAGGGGUUUUAUCAGGCUCUGGUGUACUCUACAGAAUGACAGAUUGCUUUUGGUAACAGCAAUGCAGUGGGAUUGAAUUACAAGUCAUACUAAAUAUAGUGAUGACAACAGAGGGAGAAUGUAUUAUCAGCUAUUGCUAGAUAUUUUUGCUGUGAAAGACUUGCUUUGUGCUAGAUAUAGAUCUCAGUUGUUCCUCCACAGAUAUUUUUAGCAAGGCCUCUUUAUGUUUUGAUCAAACGUGUCUGGGUUUUUCCAACUGUAAAUGGAUGUUUCAACAGAUUCCCAUAAUGAUUGUGUGUUCUUAUGUGCUCAGUCCGUGUUUGUUUAUCUGAUUAAACAAUAACUUUCUUUUCACUUUUUUUUUCUUUGGACAGGGUACCUUUUGAGGGAGAUCCGAAAGGCAAAUAUUGCUGUGCCAGAAGAUGAUGAAAUCUGUCCAGUCGCCCCUCCCCCCAAACAUGUCCUUGAGAUCAUGGUAGGUCUAAGAUGCUGUUUGUCACGUAAGAACAAGUGAGUGCUGUGGUUGAUGGGCACUGCCAUUGAGUGCACUGUGUUUAGGAUGACUCGCUUAGUUGGUAAAUGUUUCAAAAUAGUAUCAACCAGUGUUUAGGGUAUUGAUUGUGUGUUAAUAAUGGUUGAGGGGAACUGAUUCCCAAUUGAUUGCUGUGGUCAAGGGUAGUUGACCGUCUGUGGUCUGUCUGCUGUGGUCAAGGGGAGUUGAACGUGUGUGGUCUGUCUGCUGUGGUCCCCCAGGAGCAGCUCCAGAGGCUGGAAGUGGAGCUUAGCGAGGUGGCCAGGAACAAAGAGAAGUUGCAGCGGAAUCUUCUGGAGCUGACUGAGUACACGCACAUGCUGAGGAUUACGCGCACCUUUGUACACAGCCGCUCCCGGGUUAGUGCCGGGUUAUCAUGUCUAUUUACACAACUAUGACACCCACCAUACACACUACUAUCACAUAACCUUGCCUCAUAACUACCUCAUGCCAUUUAAGAAACACAUACUCUUAUCAGAAUCACCCUUUGCUCUAUUGCCCUCCCAGACGCAUUUGUCUGUUGACAGUGACACCAUAUUUUGGCUCUUGCUGUCCUCUCUCCAUGCGAGUUCCCAUAACCUGGAGUAAGACAGGGUGAAGCAGAGACAGUGCUGACUUGAUACGGUCACACCACGUGCAUGAGUGUCACCUGACUUUGAACACUGAACACAAUAUGUAUUUUGGUCAUGUGAUUCCACAGCCUAUGAUGCAUGGUUUUUAGCUUGUAGAUUACAGGCUACACUUGACAAUAGUUCAACCAUUAUGUAAUAACUUUGCUAUUACAGAUUUAUACACUAUCUAUAAACUAGUCAAUUAACAGUUUAAAAACGACUUAAAUACAAUUUUAUUUAAUCAUUACCCAUUUUUUAAAGACUUACCAAUUUUUUAAAAUUAAAUCUAGGCUACUGGUGUUUGUGUGUUGAUAAUGCUAACCUGGCCUUUCCUUGUAUGCAGCAUGAGGCCCUUGGCCCCCAGUAUGAAGAGUUCCAAUCCAUUGAGUCAGACUCUGCAGGCUGCACCGGUAUGCAGAGACUGGGAGCCAAGCUGGGGUGAGUUUAACAGAGAAAUAGACACUCACAUUAUGUGUAGCUAAUCCCAGUGAGAAUCAGCUUGAGUCCUGAAUAGUAAAGUAUUCCUCUUGGCUCUAGGUUCGUGUCAGGUCUAAUCCACCGGGUGAAGGUGGAGGCCUUUGAGCGCAUGUUGUGGAGGGUGUGUAAGGGCUACACUAUCCUCAGCUACGCAGAGCUGGGAGAGAGCCUCGCUGACCUGGAUACGGUGAGUAGAAAUAGAUAGCAAUACAGAUUUCAGGAAUCUAUGUCCACCAUAUCAAUUAAUGUAGUAAUAAGAGGAAUACUAUACGUGUUGUGUGUGUCCCUUUCAGGGUGAGAUCAGCACAAAUGUGGUGUUCCUCAUCUCAUUCUGGGGAGACCAGAUUGGACAGAAGGUCCAGAAGAUCUGUGAUUGGUAAGUGUACUUUUGCCAUCACAAAACAGACAAAAUCAUCCAUUAUCAGCAUCAGAUCUGCAUCAUCUGACAAACCUGUCUGUCAUUUAUCUGUAUCAGGCCACAAUUAUAUAUUUUAUUAUCUUCUUCCAGUUACCACUGUCACCUUUACCCCCACCCUGAGAACGACGAGGAGAGGGCAGAUGUGAUGGACAGCCUAAGGACACGCAUCCAGGACUUAAACAAUGUAUGUACAGUUGAAGUCGGAAGUUUACAUACACUUAGGUUGGAGUCAUUAUAACUCGUUUUCAACCACUCCACACAUUUCUUGUUAACAAACUAUAGUUUUGGCAAGUCGGUUAGGACAUCUACUUUGUGUAUGACACAAGUAAUUUUUCCAACAACUGUUUACAUACAGAUUAUUUCACUUAUAAUUCACUGUAUCACAAUUUCAGUGGGUCAGAAGUUUACAUACACUAAGUUGACUGUGCCUUUAAACAGCUUGGAAAAUUCCAGAAAAUUAUGUCAUGGCUUUAGAAGCUUCUGAUAGGCUAAUUGACAUCAUUUGAGUCAAUUGGAGGUGUACCUGUGGAUGUAUUUCAAGGCCUACCUUCAAACUCAGUGCCUCUUUGCUUGACAUCAUGGGAAAAUCAAAAGAAAUCAGCCAAGACCUCAGAAAAAAAAUUGUAGACCUCCACAAGUCUGGUUCAUCCUUGGGAGCAAUUUCCAAAUGCCUGAAGGUACCACGUUCAUCUGUACAAACAAUAGUACGCAAGUAUAAACACCAUGGGACCACGCAGCCGUCAUACCGCUCAGGAAGGAGACGCGUUCUGCCUCUUAGAGAUGAACGUACUUUGGUGCGAAAAGUGCAAAUCAAUCCCAGAACAAUAGCAAAGGACCUUGUGAAGAUGCUGGAGGAAACAGGUACAAAAGUCUCUAUAUCCACAGUAAAACGAGUCCUAUAUCGACAUAACCUGAAAGGCCGCUCAGCAAGGAAGAAGCCACUGCUCCAAAACCGCCAUAAAAAAGCCAGACUUUGUUUGCAACUGCACAUGGGGACAAAGAUCGUACCUUUUGGAGAAAUGUCCUCUGAUCUGAUUAAACAAAAAUAGAACUGUUUGGCCAUAAUGACCAUCGUUAUGUUUGGAGGAAAAAGGGGGUGCUUGCAAGCCGAAGAACACCAUCCCAACCUUGAAGCACGGGGGUGGCAGCAUCAUGCUGUGGGGGUGCUUUGCUGCAGGAGGGUCUGGUGCACUUCACAAAAUAGAUGGCAUCAUGAGGAAAGAAAAUGAUGUGGAUAUAUUGAAGCAACAUCUCAAGACAUCAGUCAGGAAGUUAAAGCUUGGUCGCAAAUGGGUCUUCCAAAUGGACAAUGACCACAAACAUACUUCCAAAGUUGUGGCAAAAUGGCUUAAGGACAACAAAGUCAAGGUAUUGGAGUGGCCAUCACAAUGCCCUGACCUCAAUCCUAUAGAACAUUUGUGGGCAGGACUGAAAAAGCGCGUGCGAGCAAGGAGGCCUACAAACCUGACUCAGUUACACCAGCUCUGUCAGGAGGAAUGGGCCAAAAUUCACCCAACUUAUUGUGGGAAGCUUGUGGAAGGCUACCCGAAACGUUUGACCCAAGUUAAACAAUUUAAAGGCAAUGCUACCAAAUACUAAUUGAGUGUAUGUAAACUUCUGACCCACUGGGAAUGUGAUGAAAGAAAUAAAAGCUUAAAUAAAUUAUUCUCUAUUAUUAUUCUGACAUUUCACAUUCUUAAAAUAAAAUGGUGAUCCUAACUGACCUAAGACAGGGAAUUCUUACUAGGAUUAAAUGUCAGGAAUUGUGAAAAACUGAGUUUAAAUGUAUUUGGCUAAGGUGUAUGUAAACUUCUGACUUCAACUGUAUAUGUCUCUGUCUUGUUAUGUCUAUGUCAUGUUGAGGGCAAAGCCCAAACAAUGGAUGACAGUUGUAUGAAAGAUGAUGGCUAGAUGAUUUGCAUUGACACUAGUAACAAGACUAUAUGCAAAUGCUUGAAGGUGCAAAAUCGUGUAAAUGUCCCCUGGCUUCACCAGGUGCUCCACCGCACUGAGGAGUACCUGAGGCAGGUGCUGCAGAAGGCCUCAGAGUCAGCUUUCACCUGGGUAGUGCAGGUGAAGAAGAUGAAGGCCAUCUACCACAUCCUCAACCUGUGUAGCUUUGACGUCACCAACAAGUGUCUCAUAGCGGAGGUGUGGUGCCCUGUCAAUGACCUGACCAACCUGCGGGGGGCGUUGGAGGAAGGCUCGGUGAGUGAGGCUGUUGAUACUGUAGUCCUACAGAUACGCAGGUUGACGUUUAUUGGGAUGAGUUUUGUCCUGAUCGAUUUCCUCUAGAUUGGCCACAUUGUAAAAAUUAACGAAAACAAAAAUGAGCUUUUUGGUCUUAAUUUAAAGUUACGGUUAGGCAUUAGGGUUAGUGUGGUUAAGGUUAGGUUUAAAAUCAGAUUUGAUGACUUUGUGGCUGUGCCAGAUAGUAACCACUCUGCAGAGCUGCCUCCAGUCCAUGAGUCAUCCCAAUAAAUGCUAACCUGCUACAGAUACAGUAGUUCGUUUUGUCAAAUCUGGCAGUAGUGUAUAAAUGUAAUACAUGCAAUUUUACCUUAUCAGAGAAAAGGUGACGCCACUGUACCAUCCUUUGUAAACCGAAUCCCAAGUAACGACACUCCGCCUACGCUCUUGAGAACAAACAAGUUCACAUCUGGCUUUCAGAGUAUCGUAGAGGCUUAUGGGGUUGGAGACUACAGGGAGGCUAGUCCAGGUGAGUACAAAUACAGUUCGCAGACAGACCUACAGGUAAGCUAGUUUGGAACACUUCAGACACAACAUUUAGGCAAGCUCAGCUGAGCACUAUUAUAGCAUUACAAGUACGACUAACCACUACAUGUAAUGCAGACUGGUCAGGUUGAGCACAGUUACAUAGGACUGAAUGAAAGCUAGCAAAGUUGUCCACGCUGAUCAUGUUUAUCUCUGAUUGGCAGCCCCCUACACCAUCAUUACGUUCCCGUUCCUGUUUGCGGUCAUGUUUGGGGACCUUGGUCACGGUGUGGUCAUGGCAUGCUUUGCCCUGUGGAUGGUGCUGACAGAGAAGAGCCACAAGCGCAAGCGCUCUGAUAAUGAGGUAAGAACGUUUAAAGUGUCAUUUCUAUCACAUUCUACUGUGUUUUUGUAGUUGUCUUGAUUUUUUUGUGUAGAUUUGGAUAUAUUUCCAUUAAUAUUGGUAUUGGUUUCUCUGUUGUCCUCAGAUCUGGACAAUAUUCUUCGAGGGACGUUAUAUCAUACUAAUGAUGGGCCUUUUUUCUGUGUACACGGGGCUGAUCUACAAUGACUGCUUCUCCAAGUCACUUAACAUAUUUGGCUCAGGCUGGAGUGUUAGGGCUAUGUUCACAGAUCAGCAGUGGACGUGAGUCAUCAAAACGAACACACAAAAACAUGCACAUUAUUACAUUCACAAGCACAGUAUGCACAUACAUUUUUGUCAGUGUACCUGUAGAUGUGAAUGUGUAGUUCUCAUUUAGCCGUAACUGGCUGAGGUUACUGUACUCAUCUUCACCUUUUAUUCCAGAAAUGAAACGCUCCAAACAAAUGCUUUGCUCAUCCUUGAUCCUAAUGUCAGUGGUGUCUUCGUUGGACCAUACCCUUUUGGCAUUGAUCCUGUGAGUAUACAUGCACACAGACACAAAGAAAAAGUGUCAGAUGCUACACACACAAACACACAAUCAUAUACUCUUCCUUGUGCCCUUCCUCGUGCCUUUCACUGAUCCCAAAUAUACAGAUAUUGACAUUGUCUGAUGUUAUGUUAAUUUUAUGCUUUGUAUCACACCCACAGAUAUGGAACAUGGCAGUGAAUCGUCUGUCCUUCCUAAACUCCUACAAGAUGAAGAUGUCCGUCAUCAUAGGGGUCAUGCACAUGAGCUUUGGGGUGGUGCUUAGUGUAUUCAACCAUCUGUGAGUGAGCAGUUAGUGGUUCCUAACAGUAGUUACUACUGUGGAAUACAAAACAUCAGAAAGAGUUUCUCUAAAUGUAAAUAAAUCCGUUCCUCCCCUUCCCUUCCCUCUUCCAUUUAUCCAGGCACUUCAAACAGAGGUUCAACGUCUACCUGCUGUUCCUCCCUGAGUUGCUGUUCCUGCUGUGUCUCUUUGGCUACCUGGUCUUCAUGAUCCUCUACAAGUGGCUGGCAUUCGGUGCACGUGACUCCCGCCUGGCCCCCAGCAUCCUCAUCCACUUCAUCAACAUGUUCCUAAUGCAGGGAGGGGACAACACCCCUCUCUACCCCGGACAGGUGGGUGUUAGUGACGGGGUCAUGAUUCCGAGUGUCCCCCCUCACUCUGGGUUUUCUCAGCAUCUCUAUCUGAAUCUCUGAAUGUCUCUUUUGACCAUCUCUGUCCAUGUGGCUCUGUGUUUGACCCUGUGUAUUUUUACUCCACAGACUGGGCUGCAGGUCUUCCUGGUGGUGGUGGCUCUGCUGUCUGUGCCUGUGCUGCUGUUAGGAAAACCUGUCUACCUCUACUGGCUGCACCGUGGAGGGAAGAGCCUGCGAUUGCGCAGGGUGAGUAUGGUGGAAAGAGUCAUGUCAUGAGUUUAUUACCCAUGUGUUUUCAGUGAAUAAUGUAUGUGAACAUUUUAAUGUCUGUGGUCUGUAUUUUAGGGUUAUGAGAGAGUUCGGCGUGUGAGUGAGGAUGAAAUGUCCCAAACACCAGCAUACGAUGAUGAUGAGGAAGAGGGAUUGGAUGACCUUAUGACCAGAAGGGACACCCAGCCUAAGGAGGUCAAAACCGCAACUGUACAUACUGUACAUCUCAUAUAAACAUUUGAGUAGAACAGUUGGAUUUCAGACCUCACUGUUACCUUUCUAUUUAGCAAUGUGUUGUCCAUCUUUCAGUUUGACUUUGGGGAUGUGUUCCUACACCAGGCCAUCCACACCAUAGAGUAUUGCCUGGGCUGCAUCUCCAACACAGCAUCUUACCUACGCCUCUGGGCCCUCAGUUUGGCCCAUGCUCGUAAGUAUCAUACUCAAUAUGCCUUAAAAAGGCCACAGGGGGGCAAUUACUAUCAAUUACUGUCUCCAUGUUCAGAUAUUGAUCCAUACAUCUCCCUCUUACUGUGUGUCCAUCUAUGUGUUUGUCAGAGCUUUCCGAGGUGCUGUGGGCCAUGGUGAUGCGUCUGGGCCUGAGGAUGACCUCCAGACUGGGUGUGCUGUUUCUGGUACCAGUGUUCAGCCUGUUCGCUGUGCUCACUGUGUCCAUCCUGCUAGUCAUGGAAGGGCUCUCAGCCUUCCUCCAUGCCCUCCGGCUGCACUGGUGAGUCAGUCUUUAUGCUUAACUAAAUGAUGCCUUACUGACUGACUCAUUCAGUCAGUCAAUCAAUCACUCUCUGUUAAUCACUCAUCCACUCUCACAAACUCUCUCAUUCCCCAGUGGUCACCUACUCAGUAGACUUUUUUUCAUCAUCUUUAACUCUCUUUUAAUUAUUCACUCAGUCAUUUGUUCACACAUGCAUUCAUACUGGUUAUUUACAUAUGUGAAUGCUCUCCUUUGUAGGGUGGAGUUCCAGAACAAGUUCUAUCAUGGGACGGGUAUCAAGUUUGCCCCCUUCGACUUCUCUGCCCUGCCCUCAGUCUUUGAGCAGGACGGUUUACUGUGA